CAUGAUGUAUGGUACGCUCUUGUUCUACGUUUUUCCUAGCGUCAGUUGUUACGUAAUAUCUGAUUCGUUCAGUAAUAGCAAUGCUAGUCAAUUAAUACCUGUAAAUAUUGGGAAGUUCCCCGAAAUAUGGGACUGGCGGGAUCGAAAAAUGGUAUCACCGGUUAAAGACCAAUUUGGAUGCAACGCUUGCUGGGCAUUUAGUGCUGUUGCCAACAUUGAAAGUCACUUGAAGAUCUACUUGGGAAUAGAGGAGCAGUUGUCCGAGCAAUUCCUCAUCGACUGCGAUGGCAGCGGAGUCGGCUGCGGAAGUGCGAGCGUGUUGUAUUCUUUCGGGCGAAUAGUAAACAAGCUAGGAGGAGUGCUUCGAUCUUCAGACUACGAGCCAUAUUCCGGGCGGCAGCGGCCAUGUUCGUGGAAGGAUCAGACUCCGAAGCCAGUGCCAGUCACUGGCUACAGACGCGUCCGGUCUGAUGAAGAGGAUAUGGCUAGAGCCGUCUACAAAUACGGUCCUCUUUCGGCUGGAAUAAACUCUGCAUCAAUGAAAACGUACGAAGGCGGUAUCGAUGAACCGAAAGACGAACUCUGCGCUCCUACAGAUUUGGAUCACGCAGUCUUGAUAGUGGGGUACAAUGUAUAUCUAAACAGAAACACAGGUGAGAGGGUCCCUUACUGGAUCAUCAAGAACUCGUGGGGUGUAAACUGGGGUGACGCCGGGUUCUACUACCUAGUGCGAGGGCGCAAUGCUUGCGGUAUCGCCAACGACGUGUCCUUUGCUACAGUUAACUGAUAAUAUUUUUGUACCACUUUUGUACUAUUUUAAUACUUAUUAUAUUUGGGUUUGAGUAAGGUAUGUCGUGUCCCGGGUAGCGGUUAUGGGUGAUAAAUAAUAGUAGGCUCCACUGAUAAAACACUUAUAUUGACUAUCAGUUACAACGGUUAGGUAACGACUGGCGACAAACCGCCCGUAUAGACUUCGUCAUAAUUACGAAAAUGCUUAAGUAGCAUUUUCAUUUACAAUCUAUGUGUCUAUUGGUGUGUGUGACCACCACAUCAAUAUAUAAUAACGUCGAUAUUAUAAAGAAACUUGGAAAAAUAUCGCUUUUUUUAUAAUAGAUGGUUUUACCGAGACUAAGUUUGGAAUUCAGACUAAAAUAUACUAGACAAGGUUACAUACAGUUCCAGUUGGAACCUUGUUCAGUAAGUAUAUUUUAGUUUGUCAUAGCGUAAACAACAGUUUUUGUUGGCCCUAAGCAUAUAAAAAGUAAAUAUUUUGUAGUUGAAGAUGCAGCAAAUGGAAGAGCAUCGAAAAAGUUUAAUGAUAUAGGUAAAACUUUUUCAAGGCCCUAAUAUUUUUCUGUGCUAAAACUUAAAAAAUGGGCAUUAUAAUAACCAAGACAAACCUGCACGAGUCUUCUCUCAGAGUGAGAGGAGUUAGGCCGAUAGUCUACAACGCUAACCAAAUGCGGAUUGACAGACUUCACACACGUAAAGAAUUAUAAAAAAUCUCAGUUUUCCUCACGAUGUUUUUCCUUUACAGAUUGAGA